CAGUUUGUCCAGCCGCAUACGGGGAAUCUGCAAUCCGCGAACCGCUCAACAUGAUGAAAUUGAUGCUAGUCGUUGGCUCGGUGGCCCUGCUCCUGGCGCUGGCCAGUGCCCGGCCCCAAAACGAUGUCGAGGUUCUGGAGUACGAAUCGGAGAACACUGGCCUCGGCGGCUACAAGUUCAGCUAUAAAUUGAGCGACGGCACCAGUCGCACGGAGGAGGGCGUGGUCAACAACGCGGGCACCGAUAACGAAUCGAUAUCCAUCCGGGGAUCCGUCAGCUGGGUGGCUCCCGAUGGCCAGACCUACACCAUCAACUUUGUGGCCGACGAGAACGGCUUCCAGCCGGAGGGUGCCCACCUGCCCAAGUAGGAUGGCGCUCCCGUGGCGAUCGUGUAAAUACCAAUCCCCGAUCCCAAGCAAUAACAUAUAGCUACACCCCGCCACCAUCAAGAACCCGGCCAUAGAGUGAGGUGCUGAAUCCUGUCCGGAGGAGCUGUCCCUUGUCCCGUGGCAGCCAGUCGGUCAGUCAGUUAGUAAGUCGAUCAGUCAGUCAAGUCAGUGUCGUGCAUUGUUUUCUAUUUUCUUGUUACUCGCAUUAAAGCCGAACUUUCGAUACUCGAA